CGGCCAUCUUGUUUCACAUGUUUCAAAUUCGCCGAGAAGAAAGAUAUGAUCUUGUAUUUUUCGAGAAUAGUGUAACCUUGUAAACGUAACCGAAGUUGAUAAAUUUUGAAUAUUAAGAUGGCAGUCAAUAGGUCCAUUGCUGCCCAGUUCUUUAUGGAAGAAGAAGAUGGAAUGGCUCCCGAAAAACUGGAGUCGUUGUCAGACAAGGUUGUUGAUUUAUUGAAUCAAGCACAUCUUAUGACUAAAGAUGUCCAGAAGAUUGGUAAUUUGAAACAAGUUCAAGAGUUGAUUGUGAACAGAGACACCACCUUAUUAGACAGCUUUCUAGAUGAAAUGCUUCAAUUCCAGCAUGACAAGUCAGCUGAUGUCAAGAAGUUUGUUGUUGGUUUUAUUGAAGAAGCAUGUAAAAAGGACACUGAAUUGCUGAGUAACGUGGUUGUUCAUCUGAAUAUGAUGCUGAGUGAUGUCACUCAGAACGUAGCAGUUGUCAAGAAAGUAAUACUUUGUAAUACACAGUUAUACAAAGUGGCGCUCAAGUGGAUUUGUAAAUCCAAAACAAUCCGCGAAAAAAUGGAAACUACUUGGGAUGUAAUGACAGAGAUGAAGAACAAAAUUAAAGCCAUGUUAGAUUCUGAGAAUGAUGGUAUACGAACUCAUGUUAUCAAAUUCCUGGACAUGCUAAUUGUAGUGUUGUCCAGUAAGACUGUUGAUUCAGAUGUUCCCAAGAAAUCAGAAGGAGAUGUUUCAUUGGACCAGAUACCACAGAAUCAUCCCAUUCUGAAAUAUGAAGAGUUGAAGAGUGAAGGACAGAGUACAUUUGAGAACUUAAUCAAAUUUAUGGCAUCGCCAAGUAUAACCAGUGUUAACCUGAUGGCAACUAUGGGUACAAUGACAACCAUUGGGAAACAAAGACCAAUUUUUUUGUCUAAGGUGGUCCAGGCAUUUGAGUCCCUACAUGUGAAUUUACCUCCUACCCUUGCUAAGUCACAAGUCAACAGUGUCAGGAAAAAUUUAAAGAUGCAGUUACUAAGUCUUCUAAGACACCCAUCAUCAGUUGAGUUCCAUCCACAGAUAACAACACUCUUAACAGACUUAGGAGCCACUCCUCAAGAGAUUUCUAAGAAUAUUGCCAGACCAGCUGAGACUUCUAAAAGAGCACGUACUGUGGAUGAAGAUGCAACAGCUUCCACUUCAAAGAAAGCUAAGCUGAGCGAGGAGCCUGCAGUGCCAUCAACAUCAAUGGUUGCUAAGAAACCAACUACAUCAUCUCCUAUAUCAGAUGUAGAUCUCAUGGCUGAAGAAAUUCAACCUCUAUUGAAUUUCACAUUGUUUUUGUCUUGUUUUUCCAUUGAAAUUUCUAUCUUAAUAAUCAUACUUAUCUUGUAUUUGUAGGUUGCACUACCAGACACCAUGCCUGUUCACUUUCAAGCCACCUAUACACCAGUAGAAUCUGCAGGAAAUAAUCAACAAAUAUUGCAUUUAUCCCGAAUGAUGGCAACACAGUUUGUGGCAGCUGGUUUCCAACCAACAAGCAAACCGGCAUCAACUGCUGACACUGCUGUAACAAGCUCACAAUCAGAGACUGCACAGGGAAUACAAACUGUUGUUGGUGGUCUUACUCGGAAACCAGAGGAAGCCAGUAAAAAGAAAACAUCCAUGACACCCAUACCAAUGGUGUCAACACAGAAAGGUGUAAGGCGUAUUAAAUUAUUCAAACUAUCAGAAGUAACUAAGCCAUUGUCAGAACCUGUAUUGAAAGGUUUAACUAUUGGUGCCGCUAGAAGAAUACUUGAUGCUGAAAAAAAAGCAAUUCAAGGAGGUGUAAGUGAAGUCCGAACAAAAAUCAUUGUCAGCUUGGUGACACUGUUUGGAGAAGAAUUGUCAAAUUUAUUACGAGACUUUAUUUUUGAAGACUUACGAAAUAGAUCUGAAUUGGCAUUCUCCUGGGUGUUUCAUGAGUACUGUAGUUACCAAGGUUACAUGCCAAAAACUACUGAUAAAGAACAAAGCUUCAUUAGAUAUGAUAAUUGUUUAACAGAUUUGUUGAAAGGAAUUAAGGAAAGGGAUACAAGAGAAGGGUUAUUUUCACAUCUCAUAUUAGAAGCACCUUUAUUAACACCAAAUGCACUGGAAAUACUUAAAGAAUACUGUGAAGAUGAGUCACAUGUAUAUAUUGGCAUGUCCACACUUCGUGACCUGGUUUUAAAACGUCCAGCAGAUGAACUUAAUUAUCUUAUUGUACUAUUGGAUUUGACAUUCCAUGAAAAACCAGAUGUUAGAAACCAAGCAGUACAGUUUACAAAGAGACUGUAUGAAAGACCAAAACUAAGAGAAACAAUAGAGCUGUCUGACAAAUUGGCUACAGUAUAUGUUGCCACUUCAGCUUUAAUCAAGAGGACUGUACUCAGAGUACUAGAGAAUCCGGUGAGAGGUAUGGGAAUGGGUUCCCCAGAACUUCUCUUGCUUGUAGAGAAUUGUCCUAAAGGUGCUGAGACUCUAAUUACUAGGAUGUUACAUAUACUUACAGAUAAAGCGCCACCAUCAUCAGAACUUGUGAAAAGAGUGCGUGAUUUGUAUCAUAAACGUGUCUCCGAUGUCAGAUUUCUCAUUCCUGUAUUAAUUGGACUAGAAAAGAUUGAGGUGAUCGCUGCUCUGCCCAAGCUCAUCAAAUUAAACCCUAUAGUGGUGAAAGAAGUGUUUCAUCGUUUAUUGAUGAGUCACCAAGGAGAUAACAGUGCUGGUCAAAGCCCCCUAACUCCAGCUGAAUUGCUUAUUGCCUUACAUAAAAUAGAUUCAUCUAAGUGUGAUAUGAAAUCUAUCAUUAAAGCUACCAGUCUUUGUUUCAAUGAAAAGAUAAUAUAUACUCAGGAAGUAUUAGCAGUAGUUAUGCAACAGCUGAUGGAACAGAAUCCUAUUCCUACUUUGCUGAUGAGAACAGUGAUUCAGUCACUGAGCAUGUACCCUCGUCUCAUAGGCUUUGUUAUGAAUAUCCUACAAAGAUUGAUUAUUAGACAAGUUUGGAAACAGAAGAAAGUUUGGGAAGGGUUCAUCAAAUGUUGUCAGAGAACUAAACCACAGUCUUUUCAAGUUCUUCUACAACUGCCAUCUGCUCAAUUGAAGAAUGUAUUUGAGAUGAGUCCUGAUUUACGAGAGCCAUUACUAGAACAUGUACAGUUAUUUACACAGCACCAGAGGGGACACAUUCCAAAGUCUGUUAUGGAGGUACUAGAGACGCUCACCCCUGAGGAAAAGAAGGCAUCUGAAGCCAGGAAAAUUGAGGAAAUGAAAAAAGGUGAAAUCAUGAAGCAGCAAGAAAAAGAAGCUCAGCAAUUAACCCAAGAGAAAAUCUAUCAACAGAAACUUGCUGAAGAGAGGUUGAAACAACAGAAACUACUCCAAGAAAGAAUUGCUAAAGAGAAAGAAUUGAAGUUGUUAGAAGAGCAGAAACUGAAAGAGGUCACACCCGAGGAAGAAAGUAUGGAAACAGAUCAGCUAGCAAUUCUCGAGGAACCAAUGGAAUCAUAGCCGAAAAGGUUAAUGUCACAGCCGAGGCUGAAAGUAUGGAGACAUAUCAGCUAAUGAUUCUGGAGGAACCAAUGGAAAUGUAGCUGAAAAGGGUGUCACAAUACUGCUGCUCAUGUCCUUCUGGUCAUUGCAUGAAGUUUGUUUACUUUGAUAUCAUUUGUAUAAACCAUAUACCGGGUAUAAACUUCUAUAGAUUAGAUUUUUGGUACAUGUGUUCAGUUGACGUAUCUGACUACUACGAAGUCAGUCACUCACUUGCCACAUUCACUACAAUCAUGUUCUGGAAUUAAAGGUCUGUGCACAAUCACAAUGAAACUGAUGUUAAAAGUGCAUUAGAUGCACUUUUUUUUCUUUUAAUAACUUUUGUGUUAGCUUAUUGUUGUAAAUUAUAUGCUUUAUCUGUUUCAAAACGUUGUACAAUGUCUGCUGCAUAACAUGUUAGCAUCUUAUUACUAACAAUGCUACAGAAUGACCUCAAUUAGAUUUGAACACUAGGUGGCCCUAUACCCAUUUCAGUUGUAUAGACUGCUAUGAACCUUCAAGUUGACAGAAUAUAUUGAUGUUAGGAUAUACCGAAUGAUUCUGUGUUUAGGAUGUAUCAGUAAAAACAUCAACACUUGAACCUUUAUUUGUUUCCAAUAUCCAUGUUGUAUUAUACUUCUAAUUUUACACUACAUUAAGUCAGUACAAAGUAGAUAACUAGUCAGGUAGUAAUACUUCUGCUGUUAAAAAGAAUAAAGGACAUACCUCUAUUCCAGGUAUUUUAUGAUA